UUGUAUCAUUGUUCGAUCAUUCAGCAGAUUUUACUAAUAUGUUGAAUCUGGUCGUUGUAUUUCAUAGAUCUCAUAAUCUGGUCCUUGUAUGGGAAGAUAUUUGAGGGUAUAAGGGGACAAAUUGCACCAAAAUCAUUGAUUACAUUUCAAUCGAUUGUCUUUCAAUUUAUGGAGUACUCAAGUGCAAGUAAUGCUGUAAUGCAACUUAACAAGGCAUUGGAAUUUCAAGUGGAUUAUGAUAUAUGGGAGCCCAAGUUGCCUAUAGACUACAAAGAGAUCAUCCAGAUGUCAAAAACUCCAGGGAUCAAUAAUUCAAUCGAAAAGUAUGAGGAUCUCUACCACACAUUUUCCAAAGGAAUCCUUCUUCAAAAGGGCAAAGUGUUGUUUUCACUUGGCAGUAAUGGAGAAAGAAAUGAAAUGAUAUCUGCAAGAAUGUUUCUGUACAAAAAUCAUACUUCAUGCAAAUACCGUUCUCUUCAGGAAUCAAGGUUUCCGAAAGUAGUAGAGGUGUUUGAUACCUUGAAGCUGAAGAUCCCAAUCAAGAUAACAACACAGUUUUUAUCUCCAGGAGUCAAAUACGGAGCUUAUUUUAUCUUUAAAUUUCGUGAUACAAGAAAAACUUCAAGUAAACAAAUAUAUGUGAACCUAAAGUACAAAAUGGGAGGCAGGACCUUACAUGCAUAUUUUGCAACAUGGAGAAACGACAAGUGGAUGAAGAUUGAAUUGUGCCGAUUUUUGUGUGACAAGAAAAAUACUUAUUUUGAGGUUCUACUUGAAAGCUUUUCAAGAUACCAUUGUGGAACUGAAUCCAUCUAUGUUGAGGGAAUUGAGUUCCGAGACGUGAAAAACGAAGAAGUUGAACAAGUCAAAGAAACUUUGAAUUCGGACUCAAACACGGAUCAGUGUUUAUCCUUAAAAGAAGUCAACACAAAGAAACAUCUUAUGCUUUCAGCAGUGGAAGUUUUGUAUGAAUCUGCCAAUUUAAAGCAUUUUCACGUGCACCCCUCAGUCAAGUCGAGAUUUCAAGAGGCCAUUGAGCUACCACGACAACACAAAUUUCGUAUCAAGUGCAAAAUUCAAAGUCAGAUGUUGUCACAUGAUACAGUUUACUCGUGUUACCUUGUUUAUAAGCUUUCAGAAAACUGUGUCGGGUUGCACUGCCCGUUGAUAGUAAGAGAUCUAGUUCGACAAAACAAGAAUGAAGCUCAAAUUGUCUAUAUCAGGACCCCAAGCCCAUGGAAUAUACAUGAAAACAUCAGCGUUCCAAAACAAAGAGAAGAUGGAUGUAUCGAGGUUCAAGUGUGGAAAUUCAACUCAAAGCUUCAACUUAUAAACGACUGUAUUCCAGUAAAUCUCAAACUGAUAACUUAUGAGGGAACUAUGUCCGGCCUUAUUGUAUGUGGCCUCGAGUUUCGGCCGAUUUGAAAAUAUUUAUAUAUGACGUGUAAAUACCAAAUGCCCGUAACCCGAUUAAACCGAUAGUUACAGUACCUAAAUGUUUAUAUAUGUUGAUUUGGUGUCGUAUAUAUGAGUUGAAUCUUUAAAAUAAGAUUUGGUGCU